UCUGUUACACCCUUUAUUCAGCUUCUCAAAAUAUUUGUCAUAUCAAGUUGUUAGUGCCCAGCCAUCUGCAGGUGAUUACCAACAAAAUAAUACGUUUCAAAGGAGUCAAGUUCUAUUUAUGCACUUCACAUUAGCUUUUAUCAGAAUUGGUCCUGCUUUCAGACAAGCUUGGACAUGUUUAAAGCUAAAAUAUGUAUCGAGGUUGAGGGGGGAUAACUCCUUUGUCAGCUUAGGAUCCUUUUAAAAAAGCGUAUACAUACGUACUUUAUUUUGGUAUACACGCUUUAUGGCACAGCAAAUUGCACUUUCUAUUUUAAAAAACCGAGACUCGAUUUGCCCCAGAAAUAUCAAGAACAUUUGGGACCGUGAAGAAUUAAAUGAAAAAAUUAGAAAAAUACUCUAUAUGUUUUUGAAUAUUUUACAAAACAGAAAAUUUUAUCGGUAAAUCAACUGUACAGCUAAAAAUUUGUUGCAAAUCUGUUGUGUAGUAAAAUUAACCUUAGAAUAUGGUAGUAUACAAUAAUAAGAACACUCGAGCGUUUGUGCUUGUGUCGCUGGUGAGGCUGAGAACCAAGCUUUUGAAUUUUAUUACUUGAAUCAAAUGGUAUAGAAAGUCAAGCAGCCUCCCGAAUCAUCUGGUUAUUUGGUCCUUAAGUAGCUUCCAGGGACAGUGUAGCAGCCCUCCAAUUUUAAAAAAAGAGCAACCCUUAACUCCGAUACUUUAUACCACCUACUACUGAAGGAAUACUUUUAUGCUACACUACCUCAGAGGUGCAUUCUUUCUCUUCUCGCCGCACUGUCUUAUUCUACUAAUAAUACAAAUGUGGUUCAUACUUUUUAUACCAUGUAGUUUAUACCUGUUUCAUACCUUUUAGAAAACAAGAGUACUUCUUUCAUAUGAGAAUUCGUGCCACGCAACCCACGAAAAGCUUUUUUGGAAUCAACAGCGCGCCAGUUUUUAAAAGCGCGUGGUUUUUUGGCCAACUUUUGUGUUCAAAUAAUUGUGUGUUGAAAAUUUUACCAAAAGAAUCCUAAGCUUGAAACUAGCUGCCAAUCCAAAAAAGAUCGACGUCUUUAUCCGCAUGACGUCAUUUCUUUAUAUCCACAUGUGGGCUGGUUAAUCGUUUCAGAAUUCAGGUGUGUCACCAAAUAGGAAAUGUUUCGAAAUCGAAACCAAAUCUAGUUAGCAAUCAUAAUUUGCUGUUUUGAAACUUUUUCAACAGAUUGAAAAGAUUUUUGAAUUGUGUUUAGCCUAUUUUCAAAUACAUAUUACACAAAAUUCGACAGUAUUUUUACGAUUGUGAUGCGAAGUCUUGAUCGGGUAGUUCAAAAACAGAGCAAAGUCGAUUGAAACUUCCACCUUUUCUCCAGAAACAAAUUGUUGUUCUAGAAUUUUUCCCUCACUGUCAAAAAGGAAAUUGAUGUUCUCGAGAAAUAUUCUUAACCUUUCAAACAUCAUUCGAAGGUGUCCAUAUUGGGAAAGAUGGGCUUGGUCAGACUGCCCUUUUCAAAAUAUAGGCAAAGUCAAGACGAUCGUAUGAUUUCUGUCUCAAUUUGCACAUUGCGUGAUCUCCAAAUAAAUUCUUAUCUCCAUGUCAAGGUUGUAUGAUUUACACUCAUUUUUUUUAUAAGAAACAGGUUAUUAGAAACGGUAGGCUCAAUUUUUCGAAAGUUGAGAAACAACCCUUCCUUAAUUGAAAAAAGCUAAGUAAACUUUUAUAAUUUGCAGUUUUAAUUUUCCGAGUUGACACUAGAAACAGUCUUGACAUUGAAUAUCACUGUAUAUUGCAACUUGCAAUUGCAACACUACACUCCACAUGCAGUUUGCAUUCGUUCUCAGUGAACUGCACACUAGAAGUUUCCAUUCAAAUAUUUGUUUUGACUUCAAUUUGACACUGAUGCAGUUCAAUGAGCUUAACUGUUAGUUUAUCUCUGAAUGUGGGUUAACUAUUUACUUUACCUUGGAAGCACGUUUAAAAAAUACAUUACCUAAGAAAAUUCAAAAAAAUGUAAGAAACUUUUGAUAGCAAAAUGGCCAGAAAUUUAGGAAACUGCCUACCAGCACCGGGCCUUAGUUUUUUAUCAAAAAAUCGGAUAUUUACUGUAUUUUAAUAUGAAAAGCAACAAUUACUGGUGUGAUGUUCACGAUAAUCUGAUUUCAAUUUUAUUUACGAAGAAUGGGUACAUUAAGGGGCCUGUGGGGAAUGCAAUCAUCUAUUUUCUUGGUACCUUGCUUAUAAUACCAUCUAGCCCCUUAGCACAUGUGCUGGUUUUCAAUCAGUCCUUUUAUGAAAUAAAAUUGAUUAAAUUAAGAUUGAGCUGCAACGAAAUAAUUACAAUGUGCUAAUAUUUACAAAGGAUAAUAUAAAUUUAAUCAUAUUUUAAACAAUUUAGAGAUGAUGCUUGCUUAGGCCAUAGUCAAUAGAGUAUCCUUAAGUAUAGGGUUAGAAACUAUUCCAUCUUUGCUCCCCGAAAGGGGCAGAAUUUUUAUCCACUUACUUAUUCUAUUCACAAAUUCUUUUGAAUGGUAGCCGUAUGCAACAUGCAGCAGUAUAAUAGAGUCUGUAAGAGGAUACUAUUGGGUACCAGAGCCGUUGCUGCCGUUAAAUUUUUGCGGCUCUGGUACCCAGGGUAGUAAGAGGAGCACUGUGAGCUCAUGGUGGAAAGGUAACAAUUAUUACGGCACCAACACAUGGAAGGGUGUGACAACCGCUGUUUGAGACUCAUUUUGAAGAAGACCCAGAACGGUUUUCCACCCCGGAAUUUCGAUAAGUGGACUUUUAGGGGCAUCAGCUGCUGUUUGUUAAAAUUGCAUGACCAACCUACUAACUUCGGCUGAAACGGUGCAGCCCCAAGCAGAGCAUCAAUAUCGACAAUUUAGGGGCCAACUGUAAACAUGGUUUUCAAAGAGUUUUUUGGAAAGAAACGUCUGACAACUGUUAUGUAGCUUUUUGUCCUAGAAGCCUUAAUUUGCCUUCUCGUGUCCUGACCUUUCCUUAUACAGAACACUUGCAAGUUCUGACGUCAACAUAACAUGUCUGUAAUAUCGUCAUAGGAAAUCGGUAUUUAGGUAAAAGCUACUAAAGCUCGUCGAGUUCCUUUUUGGUUAGGACGAUAAAUUUAACAUCAAAUUCAAAGAGGCGUGACAGUACAGUACAAAAUGCUGACAGCGAAAACCUUGGCCACUGAAUUGGAGCUUAGAAAAUUCCUUUUUGAUUUAGAGAGAAAGAAUAUCAGAACAAAUGUUAUUGGUAUUUCAAUCAUCAAAAAAUUUGGAUCCUGGUGAUUUCCUGCGUUAAAAUAGAGCUACUUUACAAAAGAGUUCGGGAUAAUUCUGGAUUCGUAGCUGCGUAACAAAUAUCUUACGCAGGAGCCAGCAUAAGGUUUCACCCGGAAAAGAAAUAGACGGAGAGGGAAAGAUGGCGACUUCUGGCGAUCAAGGGCGGCAGCACAACAACAAACUGUUAUCAUGGUUUCAGGAAGCUUUUUCUCAUGCCACUGGACAGAGCAGAAUGGUAAUAGAUCGAAAAGCCAUCGAGAAAUGCUGGAGAACUAUGGAGAAAGUGGGAAAACAAUGUAAUACCCAGCGGUUAGGAUUGAAGAACAGUCCCCCUUAUCUUCUUGAAAUUCUACCGGAUACCUACCAGCAUUUAAAAUUAAUCGUCAAGUAUUACGAAGAACGAAUGUCGAUGCUCAAUGACUGUGAAUACUUUAGGGUUUAUUUGGAAAACUUGAAUAAUAAAUGCAAACAAGUUUUGAAGCUUUUCAGAGAGGGCAAGGAAAAGAUGUAUGACGAUCACUCGCCUUAUCGUAGGACUCUUAUAAAACUGAGCUUGAUUUUUAGUCACAUGCUUGCCGACUUAAAAGCAAUUUUUCCAAAUGGACAAUUUAUUGGUAAAGGUUUUAGAAUCACGAAGCAGGAUGCUGCAGAUUUCUGGAAGAGUUCGUUCGGAGAAAGGGUUAUUGUACCUUGGAAAUAUUUUCGUGAACAGCUGCAAAUGGCAAACCCAAUUAAGUCUGGACUUGAAGCCAUUGCCUUAAAGAGGACCAUAGAUUUGACAGGAAAUGAACAUGUUUCAAUAUUUGAAUUUGAUGUAUUUAGCAGACUUUUUGCUCCAUGGUCAAAUAUUAUUCAAAACUGGAAUGUGUUAGCUGUUACUCAUCCGGGCUACAUGGCAUUUUUGACAUAUGAUGAAGUCAAAGAACGGCUGUCUCAAUUUAUUGAUAAACCUGGAAGCUAUGUCUUUCGGCAAAGCUGUACAAGGCUGGGUCAAUGGGCCAUUGGCUAUGUAACAACGCAAGGAACCAUUUUGCAGACAAUCCCUCAAAAUAAAACUCUGAUGCAGGCUCUUGUUGAUGGGGAGAGGGAAUUAUUUUAUUUGUAUCCGAAUGGACGUGAGCCCAACCCAAAUUUGCAAGAAUAUCUUACACCACGAUCUCAACAUGUAAUCAAGGUAACGGAGGAGCAAUACGAACUCUAUGUUGAAAUGGGAUCGACCUUUCAACAAUGCAAAAUAUGUGCUGAAAAUGAUAAAAACGUGAAAAUAGAGCCGUGCGGUCACCUUAUGUGCAACAUGUGCCUAAUGCAAUGGCAAGAAUCGGGUGGUGAUGGAUGCCCAUUUUGCCGAUCAGAAAUAAAGGGCAUCGAGCAUGUUUUAAUAGACCCUAUGCCGCAACAUAGAACUGAUUCAAAGAAAAGGCCAGUUAUCGAGAACCUACCUGGCCAUUAUUCAGACGACGAAAACGAGGAUCAAUCAUAUACUAGCGAAUCACGAUCAAAGUUCGGCCACAGCUCGGCUGUUCCAUCGUCACAGAAUCCAAAUUUAUUAUCACCUACAUCACCUCCACAAACCCCAAUCGCCGAGAACAGUGACCAACCCCCACCACUACCUGAUCGGAAGCCAGCUACAUUUAGGUUUCCACUGCCUGGUCGACGGUCUCCAUUUAGUUCUCCACGUGGCUCCCCAUUUACAUCCCCAGCUCAAUCUCCCAGAACGUCACCCUUUACCUCGCCUAAGACUUCUCCAGUAGGGUCCCCCGUUAAUGUUUCUAGAAAAAUGCCGCCACCACUGCCUCCUUCAGACUACCCAAAUGAAAACGAGGAACCACCCGUAAUUCCACCGAAGCCGUCUUUCUCAGAAUUGCGGAAAACGUACCGGUCAAGACGCGUAAAUAGUAAUCCCCAUGGAGAUAGUGCAGUAAGUAUACCUGAAAAUCUGAUAAGGAAACAGUUAUCAAAAUCCCAUGAUCCUUUACCAGUGACUAGUGUAGAAGAGGAUGCAAGGAUUUCUCAUUCGUUGUCAGAACAUUCGUCUUACUUUCAUAAACCUGAUUUUGCAAGCAAUGACGAGAUUCAUGUCGCCGGUGAAUGUAUUGAAGAUGAAAAAUUGAAGGAUACAUCGCCACACGAGAAAGAACAAUUUGACAUGAUUGAAGGUCUGGAAACAGACAACGUGGCUCUGGACGCACCACCAAUACCUCUCCAUCGUAUGCCUCCAGAUGGUGCUUGUAAGAAACUAGACGUUGCUAGUCAAAUUGUUAACCCUAAUUCUCGAAAUCUCGGAGCCGUCGAAAACAUUACGUCGAAGGAUAUAUCGGAUAAUUCGGUGAAGCUACGGCCUGCACGAGAACCUAUCCAGAACAAGAUUAACAGUAAGGACUCAAAAGGAGGUUCUGCAAAGCAAAAACAAACGACGGACAAGAAAAAGGGAAGUUUGUUGGACCAAAAUACCGAGUUUCGUGGAGAUGAAGAUGUGAAGAAGAUAGUUAAUAACCAAGAGAUAGAGUCUUCGUUGCUUCCCACUCAAUUAUACGAACCUCUUUAUUUGGCUGAAGAAUCAGUCCCAAACCCCUUUAACCAUCAUGUUUUAGCUCUAAGCGAGGAUAGAAGACAUUCCUGUCCAGUUCCGGUAGAGCAGUGUCCAGAUCAAGUAAAUGAUUGGAAUCGAAGUGCAACUUUGGACCGGUCGAAACCAACCCGAAAAGAGAACCUUAGCGAUCAACCCAAUUUUAACAAGCCAUUGCCCAUCCCUCCAGGGAAGACAUUAAUGGAACUGCAGCGUCGAUAUUCUGAAGAUAAAUCGGAUACAAACGGAGCAAUUUGGGACAGUAAUAAACAGAGCACUGAAGUUUGGAAAACAGAUUUUUCGAGAGCUGACCCAGCCGUUGCUGAUUCUGACCAACCUGCACCAGUUCUUCCAGUUAAGAAAAGGCAGUCAAUGAAAAUGAAAAAGAAGGACGACGACAAAAUACAGGAAGAUUUUUCUCUGAAUGCCAGCUCACGUAGAGUUGAUGGAUCAAGAGACGGUUUUGAAAAGGACGGUGUAUACUACACCCUGCCGAAAGAUAUCCCACCUCUUCAGGAGGUGAGUAAGGAAAUUGAUUUCUUUAAUGAGGAUGACGGGGAGAAUGCGACUCCUCUUUACGAAUCGCCCACCAAGGUGAUAAAUGCACCGAUGCCUACCAAUGGGGAAAAUGGAACUAGUGGAUGCUUAGGGUUUGAGGACGAUUUCUCCAGCAUGUUUCCAACGGUUAACAACACAGUGAACGAUCCUUUUCACGAUGAUGAAUUCUUUAGAUUGCCACCGCAGCCAGAUGCGCGGGAUUCUAUUGCCCCGCCACCGAGCAAUCAGCCCACAAGAUCAGCACGGUCAAACAAACGAGUAUUAACUAGCAACGAAGCUACUACUGAAGAGAGGCUGGAUUCCCUUUUUGACCAGAGAACCGGGCAAACCAUUGUUGCCGGCCCCGGUAGAUUCUUUCAGCCCGGACAAUCUAGCAAUAACGAGAGACACAUUAAGUUUUACGAGGAAGAUUUUAACAUAUUGAUGGCUCAAGGUUACUCCAGGGAACAGAUAACCAGGGCGUUAGUUAUUGCAGACAAUAACUUUGCGUUGGCACGUAGAAUCUUGAAAGGUUUUGCUUCACCAGCGAAGUGACUUGCUUCAUUUUAAAACUUAGGUCGGAAGUUAGUUAUUGAUAUUUCAUUGCAAAUUUUAUACCGUUGAUUUGACUUAACAAAAUAGGCUGAAAUUUAUUUCGAAUGUCAAAUUUUUGUCGGUUUGAAAGACUAGUUUCGGUUUGCUUCUAUCGCCAGAAGCUUUACAUGUUUACCGUACUUUUAUUCAUAAAACCUAAUCGGAUUAAUUUGGUUCCUGCUAGGUAAUUGCUCGAAAUAUAUCAUUGUCUCGAGUGUCAUUAUUUUCCGUUCUCCGGAUAUAAGAGCUAUGAGUUAUGAAUCUGGAAAGGUUGUUGUAGUAAAAAAUUUUGUCUGAAUAGACGAUUUAUUGUUAAUUUAAUUUUUUCCUUCAUGUCACUUGCUUUAUCUAGGGUACAAAAUUGAAACUGUUAUUCCGCUUGCAUCAUUUUAGUUUGAACUGUUGAGUGCUAAAAUCUUUUAGAGUGUUUCGGAAUACUUUUAAUGAACUAUUUGUGUUGAUGGCGAGGCGUACACAAUUUAGGCUCAAUUCUCCAGUCAUUCCAUUGGGUUUAUUUAAACUGGGACAACUAUUUUAGUUGUUCAAGUACUUCCCGAUUUUAGUACGUUGUCGUUUGUCGAAACUUUGAGUAGGUUUAAUCGAACAUAAAAUGCAGUUUGCGAAUAAUUACGAUAAUAAUGAUAAUAAUAAUAAUACCCCUUCAACUUUGCAUAAUUGCUAUGAAUAGAUUAUAAAACUUAUAUAAUUGACGUCAUAUCUUGACCCUGUCACCCUAGAAAAAUUCAAGAAAAUGGCAUAUUUAUCACAAUAUUAAGUUGUAAGUUAGAAUUUAGGCAUUGGUUGCUAAAGUGGUUAUCAUAGAUGACCGCCUUGUUUGACAUUUUCUGAACUUGUAGUUUCACAGCUGUACUUUUCAAAAACUCUGGAAUAUACCGUAAUCUCGUUUUACACUGUAAGUUGUGUUGCUUGUCGCAACAAAACAAAGAAUCUUAAUGUAGCAAUAGUUAUGAAUAUUGA